AUGGACGAGCACCGUAGACGACAUGGUCGCCGUAUGGAUCACGAGGAGAGGAAGCGAAAGAGGACCGCUCGUGAAGCUCACAAAGCUUCAUCGGAUGCUCAAAAGAUCUUUGGUCAUAAGGCUAAACUUCUUCAUGCAAAGAGACAUUCUGAAAAGGUUCAAAUGAAGAAGACGCUCAAAGCUCACGAUGAGAGGAAUGUCAAACAAAAAGAUGAUGGUGCAGUCAAAGAAGGUGCUUUACCUACUUAUCUUUUGGAUAGAGAAGGUCAAAAGGAUGCAAAAGCAUUGUCGACAGCUGUCAAAGAUAGAAGAAAGGAUCGUGCUGCUAAAUAUUCCGUACCAUUGCCUAAAGUAAGAGGUAUAGCAGAAGAGGAGAUGUUCAAAGUCAUCAAGACCGGUAAACACAAGGGAAAGAGUUGGAAGAGAAUGGUAAACAAAGCUACUUUUGUUGGAGAAGGAUUUACUAGAAAACCCGUGAAGCUUGAGCGAUUCAUCCGACCAAUGGGAUUGCGUAUGACAAAAGCCAAUGUGACACAUCCCGAACUCAAGACAACCUUCCAACUUCCCAUUUUAGGUGUAAAGAAGAACCCGCAAUCCCCGUUGUACACUUCUCUCGGUGUGCUUACGAAAGGUACUAUCGUCGAGGUGAACGUCAGUGAAUUGGGUAUGGUUACCACCGGAGGAAAGGUAGUCUGGUCAAAAUACGCUCAAAUCACCAAUAACCCAGAGAACGACGGAUGCAUCAACUCUGUCCUCCUUGUCUAA